UUUUUGUGGCAAGUUGUUCUAUUGUUAUGUGUGUUUGGAAAACCCUAGGUGGUCGUAUAGGUGCUCGUUGGGCUGUAUAUAGAGGCAGUGGUUCAUAAUCGUCCAAUUAUUUACUGGCGAGUCACUCAAGACACAGGUGUACCAGCUCUAAUCAGAACAAGACAAUAUUCAGAAACAUUGGACUUAUUUGGAAUUUUUACCAAGUACAAUCUACAACGGAAUUCGGCAUUGAGCUUCAGAUCUAUUUUAUAACAUAGAUCGGAUAAGUGAAGAAAAUAUACUACAGAAGUGUAGACUCAGGUUGUUUAUAGUGAAUCAUUAUGCCUGUUACAGAUUCCCUUCACGUCGAGAAUCUUCAACAACCACCAAUGUCAAUGGGAUCGAUGGCCUACCCCACUCCACCCCCACAUUCUAUGGGGGUCGGGAAAUCGGCAUACUCCGUCAAUGGAAUCAGUCUUUCCAGCCCUAAUAUGGACAUGUUGUCUCAUCCUGCAAUGGGAUACCAAGGAACAUACAGUUAUACAGGCAAUCCCAGAAAACAGCGACGAGAGAGGACUACCUUCUCCCGUGCCCAACUAGAUGUUCUAGAGGCCCUAUUCCAGAAAACACGUUAUCCAGAUAUCUUUAUGAGAGAAGAAGUAGCACUGAAGAUUAACCUUCCUGAAUCAAGAGUACAGGUGUGGUUUAAGAACAGACGAGCGAAAUGUAGGCAGCAAGCAAAGACCGUUGACGGCAAGCCAAAGGCCCCAACUACACCUAAGAAAUCUAAGUCUCCACCCCCACCAUCAUCAUCUCCUUCAUCUCUACCAUACAAGCCCGCAACAGCCGUCAGUAGCGCACCAAUGAACCCAGGAUCUGGGCCUAUCUGGAGCCCAGCAUCUAUUCCACCAGUUGGCGAUCUUAUGGGAUCAAAUAGCUGUAUGCAACGGCCAGCGGCUUACCCAAUGACCAAUCAACCCCAGCACGGAGGUUACCCCUCUCAGAACUAUGGCGGGUAUAGCUACCCGGGCAGUAUGGACUACAUGUCCCCAAUGCAGCUUCCCGUGAUGACCUCUCAACAGCUUACACCGCCCAUGUCGUCAGUACACACCAGUCAGGCACCAUACGGCUCCCUUCCCAGUGCCCAGUCACUUUCUAGGAACACACCAGACUGUAUGGACUAUAAAGACAACGGCUCCUGGCCGAAGUUUCAGGUGCUCUAAACUAUAUAUAGUAUUGCAAUCAUUUCAUUGCUCACUUCAUUCCAUGUAUAGUUAAGGCGACUGGGGCGCGAUCACCAGAUGUCGCUACAAGCUAGUCACUGCCAGGCGGGGCAGCCCAAAUAUCUCACACAGGACUGGUCUCCAUAGCAACGGUCGCAGACAGACAGUUACCAUGACAACAAACGUCACUACGCACGCUCAUAACGUAGAGAUGACGUCCGGGUCCCUACACUUGGGACAACGUCAAUUGUGAAUAAACGCUGUACAUUGCUUAUUAUUUGUGAACAAAUGUAUUAUAUUGUGUAUAUUAGUUAGUGAAUAAGAGGACAUGUCUGAACGCGGGAGUGAAAGUUUACUGUACUAAUAAUUAAUUUAUUGAAAUCGCAAGUCGCGUGGACAAUCUGAGGCAUAAUAGUGAAAGUGCACGAAUCUGAAGAUUACUUACUAGCAAAAGACAUGGCCCAUCUUCUGUUUUUAGUGAAUGUGGUAGAAUUAUGAUCAAUUUGAUUCUCAUUUUAGUAAAUCAUGCAUUGAUAAUAAAGAUUUCCAGUUCUAGUCAUACCAUGAAAAACUUAGAAUGAAUAAGAAGUGAAUUGCGGCUAGUAAUAACUUUCUCUAAGUGCAACAUUUCAAAUGUAUCAUAAAUAAAAACAGGGUAAUUUGUAAUAGAAAUUCGUAUCAGUAUUUUCAUGAUGUUACAUAUCACAACAUUUGAUACAGGGCAAAAGCGGUAAAUUCUACAUUUGUGUUGCCAAAAAAUUCUCAGUGAGUUUUCCAACGAUUUAAAUGAAAAAAAAUUGACCUAAUGUAUAGAAUUUUGUUUAAUCAAGUAACACCAAGACAACUGCACAAACGUGCUGUAUGUGUGUGUCAUAACAUAAUUUAUUUAAUUGUAUUCAUGAAUUCGAAAUGUAUCCAUUUAAAAGCAAACCAUAUAUCUAUAUUGCAACGAAUUUGUGUUCAUUUUGUAAAGAUGAAAAUGUUGAUGUAAGAUACAUGACAUAUCGAAGUGUCAUUUCAUCAAAUGUAAAUGAAGUAAAACUGAAAUAAAUCGAGAAGGUUUUAUUGAAAA